AGUGUGCCUGGGGGAGGAAGGGAGCGGGACACCGGGGACAUGGCACGGUGGCGGCUGCCUGCACGCAGCUGCGGGGCUGGGGCUCGAGCCAUGGUGCUGCAGGGUUUCCCUGAAUUUUCCUUCAGAUCAGUAAAAAAAAAAAUAAUAAAAAAAAUAGGAGCCGGGUGCUGGGGGAACGGGGGAUGUGGCGAUGCCGGCUCCUAGCCCUGGGGAGAUUGCCCGAGGUGAAACGUUCCUUGGGUUCCCAACCCGGCUGUGGAGCUGGGGCUUUGGGUUCGGUUUUAACAAUGGGAAUUGCCAGCGGGGCCAUACAGGUGCCUUCAGUGGGCAGCGGGAGCAAAACUCUGCAAACUUCGAACAAAUCGGGCAAAUAAGCCCUUGAUUCUGCCAGAUAACUUAGCCAAAGCAAUGAACUUCGAUUAAUUCCUGCCAGCAAUGCCGGUCCAUCGCCCGCUGACCCCAGCGAGCCUCCGUCCCCUUCCCCACCUCGUAAUUCUUAGGGUGCCAGUGGCUCUGGGCCACCAGGAGAGGUUCGUGCCUCGGGAGGAGAAAUCAGCACGCAGAUAUCUUUGGCAUGAAAAGAACCCCACCACGAGGGCGAUUUAUCGGUGUUUCCUGCCAGUCCUUUUCAUCUCCCUCUCUGCUGCGUCUUCCCAUUCCUUUCCCUGGUGCUCCCCAAGACGCAGCGAGGCUCCAGGGAGCAACGGGGGCUUUCCCCCAUCAUUCGCCCUCCAUUCCUGGGCUGAUCCUGCCCUUCGAUGGGCUCUGAGCUCCACAGGAGCAGCGUGUGCAGCUCUGCAAAACAGCAGCAAAGAGCAAAUGCCCCGGCCGUGGGCAUAAAUCAGGAGCUGAGCCACGAGGAGAAGGGAGCGCAGGGCCUCGGAGUUCAUUUCUGCUGCUAACCCUGCCCCGCGUGUGUAAUGUUUGCUCUGAAAAGCCCCAGCAGGGAGAUGGGUGAAAAACAUUCCCCCCGUCUCGGGACCUGGCAGAAAUCCUAGUCAAUCUGCAGAAGGAUGUUGUUGUCAGCGCUGCUUCUUCUGCUAGGGGAACGGCUGUCAACUGUUCCAGCCCCAAAACCUUUUCCUGGAAGAAAGUCCCGGGUUCGGAGCAGCGGUACCGGGAAUGGGGCCUCGCUGCCAAACGUGCUGGAAUGUGGCCGGGCAUCCGUCCUGGUGCAGGGCUGGGCUUUGAGAUUCUGCUCUCCCGCUGCUCCGCUCGCCAGGCAGGAGCAAAAAUGUGCAAGAAUGCGAAAAAUGUGAAAACGCCGGCGCUGGCCCCCAGAUUUGGAAACCUCGGGUUAAUGUGUAAUAAGGAGGCGAUCUCCUGGUGGUGGCCCCCAGAUGAUGCCAAGGACAGUGUGACAGUCAUCGGGACAUCCACGGCGGUUCUUUGUCCAGUUCGGGGAGCCGAGGACGUGUUCUGCUGCCAGCUCCACGAGUUAACGUUGCAGAGAAGGAGCCGCUCAUCAGACACAAACGUCGCCCCGACAGGAGCUGCUGCACAAACCGAGCGCGCUUCUGGAAGGAAAACUCACAAUUUGGUUUUGCGCUUAAUUAGAUAUUUACCGGGAAGCAAAGCAAGCUAAAAAUAGGGCAGCAGUGACUUCAAAGAGACUGCCUGACUUCGAAGAACGACACCUCCUGCCAGCGCUGGCUUUAGGAAUAUCAGCUGUGCCUGCAGGCGAGAUGGAGCAGGCGUUUCGGCCGGCCCUGUAGGCGAGGCAGCGAAGCAGCAGCCUGGCAAAGGAGGAGCGCCUGGAGAGGGGACAUCGGAAUCAGGGCAAGGGACAGCAGCGAGCGGGGUCACAUCACGCCGGGUGGCACCAUGGGGACCCCGUCCCUGUUGGCCGUGCUGCUGCUGGCCGUGCUGCUCCGUGCUCCCCCCGCGGCGCAGGGGCGGCCCAGCUUUAUGGUCAUCCUGGCGGAUGAUCUGGGCUGGGGGGACCUCGGGGCCAACUGGGCCCAGACGAAGGAGACGCCGAAUUUGGAUGAGCUGGCUGCCCAAGGGACCAGGUUCGUGGAUUUCCACUCGGCCGCCUCCACCUGCUCCCCAUCCCGCGCCUCGCUGCUCACGGGGCGCCUCGGGGCGCGCAACGGGGUGACCCACAACUUCGCCAUCACCUCGCUGGGCGGCCUGCCCCUCAACGAGACCACGCUGGCAGAGGUGCUGCAGGCAGCAGGGUACAGCACGGGGGCGAUAGGCAAAUGGCACCUGGGGCACCACGGCCGCCACCACCCCACGUCCCGCGGCUUCGACUAUUAUUUUGGGAUCCCCUACAGCAACGACAUGGGCUGCACGGACACCCCUGGCUACAACGUGCCGCCCUGCCCGCCCUGCCCGCGGCACGGCGCCGCCACCACCAGCCCCGGUGACAAGGAGUGCUACAGGGACGUGGCCCUUCCUCUCUUCGAGAACCUCACCAUCAUCCAGCAGCCCGUCAACCUCAGCAGCCUGACGGAGCGCUACGCGGAGGCGGCGGCGCGCUUCGUCCAGCGGGCAAGUGACAGCGGGCGCCCCUUCUUCCUCUACGUGGCUCUGGCCCACAUGCACGUGCCGCUGGAGGUGAGCGUGCCGCCGGGCAGCGACGUCUACGGAGCCGCCCUGCGCGAGAUGGACGCCUUGGUGGGGCGGCUGCGGCGCCUCGCCGGCCCCGACACGCUGCUGUGGUUCACAGGUGACAACGGCCCUUGGGCGCAGAAGUGUGAGCUGGCGGGAUGGCUGGGGCCCUUGGUGGGGGCCUGGCAGAGGACACGAGGUGGGAGCCCGGCCAAGCAGACGACGUGGGAAGGAGGCCACCGUGUCCCAGCGCUGGUUUAUUGGCCUGGCCGUGUCCCUGCUGCACGGAGCAGCCACGCCGUGCUGAGCACCCUGGACAUCUUCCCCACGCUGGUGGCCCUGGCUGGAGCGACGCUUCCCCCAAACCGGCGUUUUGACGGCUUGGAUGUGUCCCCGGUUCUCUUUGGGCAGUCGGAUGAGGGGCACGAGGUUCUGCUUCACCCCAACAGCGGGGCAGCUGGGAAGGACGGAGCGAUCGAGGCGCUGCGGCUGGCUCAGUACAAGGCGUUCUACACCACAGGAGGGGCGAAGGCUUGUGACGGAAGCGUUGGGCUAGAGGAGCACCACCAGCCACCCCUCAUUUUCAACCUGGAUCGCGAUAUCCAGGAACAGGAGCCUUUGGAUGUGGCAUCCGCAGAGUACCAGGCAGUGCUACCUGCAAUCAGCUGGGCUUACACCCGGGCUCUGGAGGAUAUUGCCACAGACAACGUCUCGGUUGCAGAUUACUCCCGAGAUCCAGCGGCGGUGCCGUGCUGCAGCGCACAGCACGUGGCUUGCCGAUGCCAAGCACCUCCCGCAGCCUCGCUGGACCAUGGCACGGAGAGAAGAGCAACGAGGCUUUGUCUUUAAGCAAAUAAUUGCCCGAGCUGCUCCUUUUCCCAUUCUGGUUUGGUGAAUUUGACUGUUGUUCCUACUGGCUCCGGGCUUGAGGUUGGCCAGAGGGCAGGGACAGAGGCUGCAGCUUGCUUUGCUCCGUGCCGUGGGGUGAUUUAGUCAUGGGUCAGGGGGAGCAGGUAGAGGGGUCCCCGUGGGUGCAGCUCUGCUCAGAGCAGGGCUGUGCCCCCGGCUGCAGGAUGCCCCUGCGGCUGGAGGAGCAGCUCACUGCAGUACCUGGUGGCUCUGCGUGCAAAAAGGCUUUUGGUAGGGCCCGGCGGCUGAGAAAAAGUCGUUUUUUUUCAUUAAAACUGAGCAGAGCAGGGCUCCAGGCAGAGAAACAGCUCCUGUGCAAUGCUGGGGGGUGGGAACAGCUCUUUUGGGGCAUGAGUGGGCACAGGCGCAGGCCUGGGGAGUUGUGGAGGCAACACAGAGGGCGCAGCUGAAACUCAGAAACCACCAGGAUUUCCCAGCAGCCGAGCGAGGGUUUUCUGAAACGCUUUUGGCCUCCAAUUUACGCACCCAAGAUCUUUCUUUGGACAAGCCGUAAGCGGCUUGUCUCAAUCGAAGCAAGGUGUUACACCAGCCGCAGGGAACUGGGAGUUGUAAUUACGGGCAGCGCUGCCCAAAUUAGAGGGGGCUGCCCAACCGGCUGCAAUUAGCCCUGGCCUGCAGCCUCCUGCCCUCCCGUCCUGGCACGGCCGCCAGCAGCAGGGCAGCGCGGCUUUGGCCAGGCUGGGGCCAGGCACAGCCGGAGCCUUUUCCCUCCCACCAGCGCCCCAAACCCACUCGCUGAAGCUUAAUCAAGACUGACAUCUUUAGGGCCCCACAAAGAACAGCAGGAGCAGGGGCAGCGAGCUGCCAGGGACAGACCGUGACUUUAUUUCUGUCUUUAAACGGAGCAAAUUGCAUCUUCUCUAAUAUCACUGCAAAAAUACUUUGCCUGGGUAAAAUAGGCUUAUCCUGUACAAAGACAUAAGUUCAAUAUCUCUCGCUGUAAGUACAUUUAUACACAUAAAACGGCAUAAAUUAGAAAAGGGAAAAAACGGGUAUAUAAAAUUCUGGUGACAUACAAAUCUGAUUAAAUUAGCAUUUACAAUGUG